CGCGCGCCGAUCAAAUCCUGUGUUUCCACGGCAACAGAGGAGGAGUUUGCACUUCGACCCGUGACCACAUCGGCGGAAAUGAGGAACUAGGAAGUCGACUGCAGGGCUGAUGUGGAAAACCACACAUUUGUUUAAGAUGAAUUAGUGUCGCUUACAGCGAUUUAUUCAUUUUCAUCCACCACAGAUACCGAUUGGCACAAGCGGUCAUCCCACAUGCAGUGGCGACGCAAGCUUGUUCGAGAAAGAUGCUUCAGAGGUGACCUGAAUUGGAGCGAGGUGAAUGUGUGGGGUGUUUGCAGAGUGUAGCGACGUCAUUGCCUGUUCUGUUAAUAGAUGCUGCUUUUAUAAUGAUAAAUAUUUUAUUCCCAUGCUGUUAAUCAUAACUUUCGAUUUUUAUCUACUCUUGGUCGCUCAUUUCCUGUGAUUAGAACCUAAACAAAAUGCCAAGGCCAAAUUGAAGUAAUACAUUUAUUAUUUCACAUACCAAAAUCCAUCAUUUUACACCUGUAGUCAUCAUGUCAUUGGGCGAACAGUCACAGAAGUGGUUUCCAACUCACGUCCAAGCCACUGUUCUUCAAGCCACAGACCUGCAGCCAAAGGGCAAGAAUGGCACCAAUGAUGCCUACACCAUCAUCCAGCUGGGCAAAGAGAAAUACUCCACCUCAGUGGCGGAGAAGACCCUCAGCCCGGUGUGGAAGGAAGAGGCUUCAUUUGAACUGCCAGGGCUGCUGAUGGAGAGCAAUCCAGAGGUGUAUGAGCUGUGCCUCACAGUCAUGCACAGGUCCCUGGUUGGAUUGGAUAAAUUCCUGGGCCAAAAAAUCAUCAGCUUAAAUGAGAUAUUUGACAACAAGGAACGGCGGAAAACUGACUGGUACACACUAGACUCACGACCAGGUAAGAAGAGGAAAGACCGAGGCAAGAUUCAAGUUAGCAUCCAGUUCAUGCGGAACAACAUGACCGCCAGUAUGUUCGAUUUGUCUAUGCGAGACAAACCCAGAUCACCGUUCUCCAAGCUCAAGGAAAAGAUGAAGGGUCGCAAACAUGACGGUGCCUUUUCAGACACAUCCUCCGCCAUCUUUCCACGCUCAGGACAGAGCGAGACUGAUUCUCUGCCAGACCAGCACCCGCACCCUCACCCUCAGGCUGCACCUGAACCCAAGCCAAAACGCUCGUUGCUCACUGGGACCCAGAAACUUUCUGCUGCUCACUCCAUGUCUGAUCUGAUAGGAACUCACUUCAGGCCCAAACUUGACUCCAUGAACUCUAUUGAGGAGAAAGGGGUCGCUGCAUCUCACAGACACUCUCAGAGUGAUGGAUAUGGUUGCCCAACCAGUGACGUUCCAUGUGACCCCUUUUCCGACAUCGGAGACAACAUGCCCCAGAAAUUCGCCACUCUCCCACGCAACCGCAAUCCCUUCGAGGGAGAUCAGGGGAUGCUGUGGGGGGCAGAGAAGAAAGAGAAGAAGGAGAAGGUCGGUCUUCUGGGCAGAGUGACUGGGAAGAAGGAAGGAAAGAAAACGGCCGCUGGAACGCGAACAGGAAGCUCAGGAGACCUGCGAUCUCCAAACCCCUUUACCAGUGAAACCUCAAGUGAAACCAACCCUUUCCUCUCACACUACAGAUCCAGUGACAACAUGAGAAAUCCCACUAGUACUGAGGACCUUACACAGAGAUUCAAAACCUCUCCUGAUAAGAAGCACGGCAUGAAAAGUGCAAGAGAGCAUGAACCUGAACAUCUGCAGACGAAUAUGGCGGCCUACAGCAAUCUCUCUUUUGCAGAAGUUGUGCAAGAGCUCAUCAAGCAGAAAGAGGUGGUGAGAAAGAAAGAUGCUCAUAUUCGGGAGCUGGAAGACUACAUUGAUAACCUGCUGGUCAGGGUAAUGGAAGAGACACCCAGUAUCCUGAGAACACCCUACGAGCCCAAGAGAAAAGCUGGGAAGAUCUCAAAGAAGUAAAGAAUCUUCAAAGAAUAUUAUAACAGUUUUCUGGCAAAAUGUGUAUUGCUUGUAAAAGGACACUGGAAUGUCAUUUCUGACAGGUCAAGUGUAUUUGUUCACACACGGACAGAUUUCUUGCCGUAAAGUUACUCUAGGUUUGCAAGAACAACCGGAUAUAUUGUGAAAAAAGAUAGGCACUAAAUGUGGCGAUGCCAAACCCCUUUUUAGAUUUUUCCAUUAUUUAGAUUUUUUUUUAAAAGAAUGUUUUGAGCUGUUGACUAAUACUUUGAGUAAAACGUUUUUGAAAAUCUUCACAAGCAGCCAUUCAUAGUUUAGAGCGCGUUUUUGCGCGAGGAGACCAAUGUUAUGUUUUUACCGACAAUAACUGUGUUUAAGUUGACUUUUAUUUUGGAUUCAGUCAGUAUAACAGAAUUGAGCACUUAAUACUCUCACUGUGUUUUGCGAUGAUCGCUGGGCUGGACUGUCCAUAUGAGGCCUUUAAUUUGCUCUGACUGAAUUCAUACUUCAAAAGCCGUACCAGAUCAAUUGACGUACGUUUGUCCACAAAUAUGUGGUGAAGCAAGGAAACACUUGGAUGGCACCACAGGACAUAGAAGUGAUUGUUUACUGCAUGUUUAGCACCAGGGCAUAUUGGGUUUGACCGGGUAACUCUCCUGUCACUUUUGAGGGUGUUUUCACUGUAGAUGAAGAGUGAUCAGACUCAUGAUAUUGGCAUGUGUUUGGUGCCAUAUUGAUACAUUACAAGACGUCGGUACUGAAAACUUGGUACUUUUUUUCAAAGCAUACGUCUAUAAAAUAAUACACUGGUACAGAAUUACACUACUAAUAUUUAUUUUGAGCUUGAUUGCAAUGAGCAAAUGUGUAUGUGAAUAACACUGUUCACUUUUUAAGUCUAAAAAAACAAACUGCCUGUUAUAUACAGUGAUGACAGAAGUGUAGAAAUGAGCAUCCAGUCUCCAAAGACUUCAUUCUGAAUAUCCUUCAGUUGAACUGGAAUGUACUGAUGUUGAAUAUCUUUAGUGUACCGCAGGACUGUCAAAAUGUGUGGGCUGCCUACAGUUGACUACACCAAAGUGUUGACGGUUUUUGAUUAAACUUAAGCUAGACGGUCAGUCAAUCAAGCACAUAAGUAUUAUAUUGCCCCUUUUUAAUUUCUAAUUUUACCAGAGCAAAUCUAGCCCAUGCGUAUUUAAAACCACAGCAAAUAACUGAUUAAUUUGGCACGUCUGGAUGCCUCAUUAUGGAAACAUUUCAGUCGGUUUGAUUCAUUACAAUGUAUAGCAUGUUUCGUGAUGAGCGACGUAGACAAAAACUAACUGAAGAACAAUUGUUUACAGAUUGCUUUAUAGUUUCAAGGCAGUACUCUUUGACAUUGUACUGCUUUCCCAAUGCGUUUCUUGUAGGACGCUUCUUAUAGUGUUUUCUGCGUCUUGUGUCAUCUCUAGCGCAUAUCUGGUGAGAAAAUGAUUUUGGCUAUCAUUCUUGGUAACUCAGCAUAUACUUUGCACCUUGGGCUGUUACACUGGAGCAUCUGUGUAGUGAAAUACUGUACAGCAGUGGUGCAUGUGCGCCCCGCAUACUUAAAAAUGUGCAUUUGAGAAAACUAGAACUGAUUGUAGUUUGUAAAAUAACCCAUUUUAAUAUGUUAGCCCUUCAUGUGAAGAACGAAACAAUUCUUUAGGCCAUAAUACCCCUUUUUGAUAUUUUUAAGACACAAUAGUAUGUAUGUUCUCUGUGUAUAUAGCUCUGCAGAAAGCUUCCCAGAAGUAGUUUUUCUUAACAACAUGGUAAAACACUGUGCUGGAAAGGAAGUCUAAAAUUAUCUGUAAAUUAUUAUUUUGUUCACUUAAAGUUUUAUAUACUUACAUUUUAUGUAUUUGGAGAGGUUUACAUGUGUGUAAUUGACUAUUCACGUUAAAAUCAUUCAGUGCCAUGUGCAGUGUUACACAGUGCUGACAUUAGUUAAACACUCUAUUUUAACGUCAGUUUUCUAAAAAUGAGACCAUUACAUUUUGUGUGAGCAGACAACAGCGAGUUUUUCCAUAUAGUUCUGUUUACUUGUCAAAAUUGUUUAUCCUUUGUAAUAUGGAUAAACGUGUUAAAGAUUUUAUUUACAAAUCAUUUACAAAUGUUGUAUGCCAGGCUCACGUUAUUUAAACCAGGAGCAUGUUAUUUAUUAAUGAUUUUUUUUUCUGCUUUAUAUUUGUCACUGGCCAAAAAUGUUUCAUUGAAUGAAUUCAAUUCAGAAAAAUUAUACGAUGGAGAGUAAAGUUAGCUAUAGUACAUAUAGUUAGCAAGUUUUUUUUUUCUCUCUCUCUCUCUAUUUUUCAUAUCAGGACUUCUGUCUUUUUUUUUUUUUUCUUCAAGAGCUUUUGAUCAAAUAAGGUUAAAAAUUGCUUAAGAUUUGCUGUAUAUCCUACUGUCGGAUGGAUAAGAAGUGUUGACUCGCAUUGAUCAUAUUCAGCUGAGCACUUUGCUUCUCCUGUCUGUUUUGUCUCAUUGAACUGGAACUGCUAUGCAUCUCUCUCCAGAGCAAUUCUGUGUGGUACGCUGAAUGUAUUUUGACCAAUCAGCAAUGUCUGUAAUCACAAAUACAGUGUUGAUUAUCCUGUGUAGAUAUUACCUAGCACUUCUUUUAUCACUUUUUACAGCUAAAAUGAUGCUUUGUUUGCUUUCACUAAUAUUAACUGUAUAAUGAUCGUCAUGGUUUUAAGUUGAUUAUCAAGAAGACAUAUCAUUUUUAUAUCCAUUGUUUAAUGGUCCCAGUGUUUAGACUACCUAUUAUUUUUGCAUUUUCUUUCUUUUUUCUACUUGCUUGGCUGUUGAUAUUUUAUUUUCAAUAUUUUAUUGUUGUAUAUUUAGAGGUUAGCUAUUUAAUUCCAGAUAUGUUACAGUGAUCAUAUUUGUUUGUAUGCUGCUAUUUUCCUGCUAUUUCCCCAGCAGAUGGUUUAGAUAAAUUCACAUAGCUUCAUUAUGACUUGAAAAAAAUUUUCCUCCAUAAAGGAUACAUUCUAAAAAAUGCUGGGUUAAAAACAACCCAACUUGGGUUGAGACAAAUUGAAUUUAUUUGGGUGAAUACAGCAUAGUUUACAAUAUUACAUACAUUUAAACUCAUUUAACAAGCAUUUUAGAUAUAAAAAAAAGUCUUAUAGAAAUAGCAUUUUAAUUUAAGUGUAUUCAACCGCUAAACCGUAAUCGCUUUUUACUGAAAUGGAGCUAAUUCUCGUGCCGGUGUGUCGCCGAAAUCUGAGCCGGUGAAGGGCUGCUGUUUGCGGGGGAACUGUGAACUUUAGACCGCGGCCUCGUGUUUCACUCGUAGCUGAGAGAUGGUGUGACUGACUCCAAAACCUGCCCAAAAACAAACAGUACUGAAAUUAGAGAACAUAUUUUAACAUCAAAUGAAAUGACAUUCAGUAUUAUAAUGAAUAAAAUCCAUUUAUGUUAUGCAAGGCAAAGGCGAUUCCAGCGCGAAACUACCGCUGCUGACACAUCUCGUCCUUAUGUUGCGUUGCGUGAAAUAAUUCAGUAGCCCCUCACUGCAGAACAAAGAUCCAGGGGGCGGAGUUGGAUCCACAUCUAGGGGGUGGAGAUGGUAGGUUUAGGGGUGGGGAUGGGUGGGUUUAGGGAUCGGGGGUGGAGACGGGUAGGUUUAGGUAAAUGUAAGGUGGGAAGAGUUGGAUCUAGAUCCAACCACGCCUCCUGGAUCUUGUGUUCUGCAGUGAGGACCAUCUCAAAUAAUUUACACCGCAUUAAAGACUUUAUAAAUGAAAUAAAAUGUAUAUAAACCUUUAUUUCUCUGAAAGAGUGCACCAAAUCCACGGCAGCAGCGCUGAGAACCGCUCUCUCCUGUAGACUUAAAAAGCCCGUGCUCUCAGUAGCUGCGUUGUUGAGAAGUUUCACCGGAGACAAGCUCAACCCAGCGGUUAGGUAGAAAAAAAAAAAACCCAGCACCUGGGUAAAAAUAUUAAAAAAUAACCUAAUAAAAUGAGCCAACAAGCUGAACCCAGCGUUUUUUAGAGUGUAGUAGCAGGGAAAAAGUAAAAAGAAAACAUAUGAAAGCCACAGUAUCAACACAAAGUUAAAUUAGAAAAUAAUAAUUGAAUAUCUUUUUUUCAUUUUCCAUUAGGUGUCUUCUAUACAUUAAUCUCUGGUGCUGCAAAAUCAUAUCAUAUAUAUACAUUUGUACCAGUUUUUCAGUAUUCUGUAUCAUUAUGGGUUUCCACUGAGGUAACGACUUUAUACUCAGACACUCUUUCCAUUAAAAUACUUCUUCCUCUAUUUCCUCCAAAAACUUGAAUUUCCAAUAGUGUGUAAAUAACACUACUUAGAAUAUAGAAUUUUACCCUCAGAAUUUGAUUACGAUAUUAGAAAAAUCAUAGCUAUGAUGAGGACUUUUCUUAACAUGACACUUUCCUGUAGGGUGGUUAAAUAUUUUGUGUAGAUGUAGUUAUUGAUGAUUCAUCUGGAAGUGAUACGUCUGUCUUUGCAUUCUUGGCAUGCGGCAUGAAUGAGUGUAGAAGAGAGAUCUGAGUGUAUUUGUCUAUGUGACUACCAUAUAAAGGGUGAGAAUGAUGGUACAGCCCAUUUCAAUAAAUCUCCUGUACUUCA